CAUGAACUUGCAUAUCUUGCCAUGAGACGCGAGGUUUGGGGGUCCUGGCGACUCUGAUCUUCCGAGUGAGUUCUGAGACUUGUGUUGAACCUGUCGAACCUGUCGAACCUGUCGAUCCUCACAGCUCCGACUUCUUUCUGCAACUCGCUCUCAAAGUGGAGAAGCAAAUCGAAUCGCAGAUCUUAUUGCAGCGCUCGAACACUUCCAUCACCCGGCACUUUCCACGAUGGUCGCAGGCUCUCCAGUUCUUUCAGGAGCAGCUUCGCUCGAACACUUCCACCGCCCUGCUGUGGAGUACUUUGCGGCAGUUUCCACCACGGUGGCAAGAGCUGGAUUCGAAGUGCGCCAACAUCGGUCGUCGGUUUCCAACUUUGGUAUCCCAGAACCUCUCGGUGCUCGAGGCCUACAGACACUACGCCUGCCAUGUGGCUCCAGAUUAUUUCAUCACCGACCCGCACGUGGCCUUACGUGCUGAUGUUGCCCCUCUGGAGAAUGGCUGCAUUAGUUUCAGCGCAAGGCCGAAAGUGGUCAUGGCUACGAAUGGUACUCACAGGUACGAUGCAUACAGACAUUGCUCUGGAAGCUGUCCGGAUGAUCCAGCAUGGCAGGAGUUGUCUGUGGAGAUGGUGGACGAAGACAUCCUCGUGCUUCCAAGCAUACGCACACCUCCAGGAAUGGAGUACCAGCAUUCCCUCACCGAUCUCUUGGCUCAAGCUUGGACGGUGUUGCCGCUUUUGAGGGAUUCCAACAUGAAGCUGGUGAUCUACUCUCCGAUUCAGGGGCAGCUGCUGCAGAGCAUGGGCAUUCCACCAGAGAAGCUUCUGGACAUUCCCAUCACAAGCUUCGAAGCACACAAGCUGCUUUGUGUCAAACCUGGCCGCACCAUGACUCUGUGGCGCACAGCACGAGCGGAUGGUGCUGAUGUGCCUUUUCUGGAGCAAACAGCUACUCGAAUUUAUGCCGAUUAUUGGUGGCGCCUGCCGGGCUACCAGCUGGGUCCCGAAGUUUCAGAUGCCAUAGCCAGACAUGCCGGUUUCGCCGGUUUCGAAUCGAAGCAAGACUCUGUGGUCUUUGUGCUGCGAUGCAGCGAGCGUCGCCAGUUGGCCAAUGAGGCAGAGGCUGUAGGGGCCGUGACCAGAGCCCUGGUGGAGGCGAAGUCCGAUUUCCAGUUGCUCACCUUUUGCCCUGGCCGCGAAGACUUCCUUGAGCAAGUGCGGAAGGUGCGGCAAGCCAAGCUGAUUAUCGGAGAGCAUGGUGGAGCACUGGCCAAUAUGCUGUUGGCACAGAAUGGCACCGGAAUCAUUGAGUUGGUUGGCAGCCCGGAAGCUCAAAUCGGAUUACCUGGCGAAUUUCCACCCUACAAAAGUAUGUGGUAUGGUGGAGCUGGUGCCGCCUUCGCUUUCUACCGGGUGGUGUUGUACGAGCCCACCUUGGUGGGGCCUGCAGUGCGCUUAGAGGAUCUUCAAGAAGCUGUUCAGAAGUGGCUGAGCGCCUGAGCAAAAGAAGCCUUGGG